AGGAAAUUGAUGGUAAGUGGUAACCAUAAAUCAGAGGGCAGAAGCCUAAUUUUGACUUUUAACCUUUGCUUUACUUGUAGCGAGAGCCACCUCUUAGCUUAAAAUUCUUCUACAACUCCCAACCACCUCCUCCUCCAAGAAAAAUCAAUUCAACCUCCAAAUUCCUGAAAGGAAUUGCAUAGCAGACUGGACUGCAAUAAAAAUUCUUCAGAGAUCUUGACUCUGUGCGGUUACAGAUGGCGUACGUAGACCAUGCCUUCUCGAUAUCGGACGAGGACAUCAUGAUGGAGACAUCCUACGCUGUUAACAAUCGGCCUCCGUUCAAGGAGAUCGGCCUCGCUGUUGCUCUUCUUGUCUUUGGGACACUUGGGAUUAUCUUGGGUACCUUCAUGGCCUACAACAAAGUCGGCGGUGACCGAGGCCAUGGGCUUUUCUUUGCAAUACUGGGAUGCAUAUUGUUCAUUCCAGGCUUCUAUUACACAAGGAUUGCCUAUUAUGCUUAUAAGGGAUACAAAGGCUUCUCUUUCUCCAACAUUCCCCCUGUCUAGAGGAACUCUCCUGCUCCGCCCUAUGUACAGAACUUUUUUCAUUUUUCUGCUUUCCCUUAAAUGUUUCGUGUUCCCUGUUCGGUGUUCAACGUUCUUUCCUUCUUUCUGUAUCCACAAUAACUUGACUUAUAUGUUAUUUGUUCCAUAGUAACAUUGUCACCAAUAGUCUUGCUUUUGCUGGUUGUUUUGUGACAUUAUAUAAUAUCUAAUCUUACUGUCUACUACUACUACUACUA